UGAAAACAGAGAGUGAGAAGAACUUAUCAAGUUCCCACUUCUGUAUUAACAAAAAUCAUCAUAAACAUUUUUUUUAAUCACCCAAAACAAACAACAGUUUCAUUGAAAGAAUUAGGGGAGGAAGAAGUAAAGGUAAUGGAGUCAGUUGAAAUUGAAGAAACGGGGAGCUCUGACUAGAUACAUACUUAUAAACUGCUUGAAGACCUUAUAUCUAAAGAUCCUACAGAUGUGGGGAGUUAUUGUUACUUAGAUCUGUAAUCCGGGAUGAGGCUGCUGUGGCUGUGGCCCGAAAGAUUUUUGGAAGUUUAUAUCGAACAGUACAAAUGUUGGUGCACAGAUUGCAAUUUAUCCGAGAUGUUUGUAAGCUUGUUGUGAAGAAGCUUACCAAUUGGGAGAUUUAUUGCGCUGACGAGUUCAAGUUCAACAAAAGGUAUUAUUGUUGGCCACAUUCGUCCGAGCUACUGAACCUCGCAGAACGCAGUAUGCACUUGACGAAGCUUAUUGAUGCAGGACGGAAUACAACUGUUACGGAAUUUGCGGUAUCUCUUCUGCAGGCCUUAGUUACCCAGGCUCUGGAGCUGGUGUCUCUGAUCUCCACAAUCUCAUGUAGGCACUGGCAAAGCUUGCUAGGAGAUGUCUCUGCUAAUGCCUCUUCUCCUUCAGCUUAUAUGGUUAGUAACAACGAGAAAGCAAAUCAGUCUAGAGGCAGAAAGGCUCCCUUUGUCCAUUCUUCUGUAAGUAGGGGGGAUGACUACGAUAAUGUUGAGUCUAUGACAGCAGAUCCUCCUGGCUCCCAUGAUCAGGUUUCGAUGCUUUUCAAGAAACGGUAUGGGAUCUGUGAAGCUACUGGUACAGAUGGUGCUGCUGUCAUAUCCGUUUUGUGUCACAGUUGCAGCAAAGUGGACUGCUCAAAUGUGAUGAUAUGACAGAUCGUUUUUUCCACCUGCUCACGGAAUUAUCAGUGACACACUGCCAAACUUGUGUUUCUUACUGUAAGAGUUAUUCAAAUACUCUGAUUUAAUCCGAGACCGUAUUUCAGAUUGUUCGUAAACUGGUUUCUGGAUCUUGGUUCUCCUGACCCUGCACGAGGGAGCUUUAUGCGAAAAUUGCUUUAAGGAAAUUCUUGGAAGACUUCAGCUUAUGUCUAGCGCUUGCUUGUAAAAAUGCUGGAAAAGCUCACCUUGGAAAACCUGUUCACUUCGUCUAUAAAUGGCGCAUUGCGUGCUCUGCUGGUGCCUGUAGUAUGUCAUCAUGCUUUGUGCAAAUGCCUCCUUUGAAGCUAUCAGACUGAUGUAUGCGGGAGCAGUUUCAUUGCCGGAUAUUCCCAAUGUUGCAUUAUCUUUCUGAAAUAGUGGCAUUUCUAGUAACUCUGGGUAUUUAUAAUCAUUCUUUUUUUCCUUUA